GCAUUGUGGGAGCCGCUGAUUGGCGCAUUUCCGCUGUCAUUGUGCGCGAGAGACGGUAAAUAAUACUGAAGCUCAACUCUAACCACUCUUUAAACACAAUUCCACUAAGUUUCAGGUGAGUGUGUGUCAGGAUGGCCCGUACGAAGCAAACUGCGCGUAAGUCGACUGGAGGAAAAGCUCCUCGUAAGCAGCUGGCGACUAAAGCGGCCCGUAAGAGCGCCCCGUCCACCGGAGGAGUGAAGAAGCCCCAUCGCUACAGGCCCGGUACCGUGGCUCUGCGUGAGAUCCGCCGCUACCAGAAGUCCACGGAGCUGCUGAUCCGCAAACUCCCGUUCCAGCGUCUGGUGCGAGAGAUCGCGCAGGACUUCAAGACCGACUUACGCUUCCAGAGCGCCGCCAUCGGAGCGCUGCAGGAGGCCAGCGAGGCGUAUCUGGUCGGUCUGUUUGAGGACACUAACCUGUGUGCCAUCCAUGCCAAGCGUGUGACCAUCAUGCCCAAAGACAUCCAGCUGGCACGCCGCAUCCGUGGAGAACGAGCCUAAACUCUCUCUCUCUCUCUCUCUCUCUCUCUCUCUCUCUCUCUCUCACUGUUUGUAUGUAGUUUUAGCAUAUGGUGGCGUUGACGUACGUGGUUGUCUCUCUGUUUAAUGGCAACAGACUAUUAGGGUACUUCCUGUUUGCAUGUACCAGCCAGCGACUGAUGCGACACACACACACACACACACACGAGAGUGAAGCGGUCAGGGCUGAUGUCUGCGUUCAGGGUGUCAGGGCCUCUCAUGCAGGGUGCUAGAACAAGCCCUGACCCUUCCCAGAAUUCCCUGCUCCGCCCAUCCUGAGCAUAUAUAUAUAUAUAUAUAUAUGUGUGUGUGUGUGUCCGCUCAAUCAGCACGGGCAUUUCUAUACAAAUCUGAGCAUCUCUCGUCUCCAGCAAAUGUUUAUUAUUGCAAUAUUAUAAAGUGUGUCUUUUUUUUUCUUUUUUUAAUGCAUUCAUAUAAGCUUGUUUCCUAGAUCUAGAGCGUAUUUUUUAAGAUUCUUAUAAAGACAUUUUCAUGAUUAUUUUUCUCAAGGCAAACUCUGUGAUUCGGCUCCGGGAGUAAUAAUAAUAGUAAUAAUUAUGUAUUGGUCUGUGUUUCUCAAGAGCUUUUGAUAGGAACACGUUCAUUUGAGCGGGAAAACACAAAUUUUCCCGCCAGUUUUCUACUCAUCCGUCACAGGAUUCCUCAGGCAAACAUGGAAACAUUAUCAUUUAAUCCUUAAGUUCCCUCAUUCACAGUUUGACUACACAACAUUCAGGUCUUUAAAUAAAGUGAUCUUUGUAAUUUGAAAUUUCUCUGAAUUGCGUAAUAAAUGGAUGUCACACACA